UCUAUGAUGAAGUUCAAGCCGAACCAGACGCGGACGUACGACCGCGAGGGCUUUAAGAAGCGGGCGGCGUGCCUGUGCUUCCGGAGCGAGCGGGAGGACGAGGUAUUGCUGGUGAGCAGCAGUCGGUAUCCAGACCAGUGGAUUGUCCCUGGAGGUGGCAUGGAGCCCGAGGAGGAGCCUGGCGGGGCUGCCGUGAGGGAGGUUUACGAAGAGGCUGGAGUAAAAGGAAAAUUGGGCAGACUCCUGGGCGUAUUUGAGCAGAAUCAAGACCGAAAGCACAGGACUUAUGUGUAUGUUCUUACAGUCACAGAAAUAUUAGAAGAUUGGGAAGAUUCUGUUAAUAUAGGAAGGAAGAGAGAGUGGUUCAAAGUAGAAGAUGCCAUCAAAGUUCUCCAGUGUCAUAAACCUGUCCAUGCAGAGUAUCUGGAAAAACUAAAGCUGGGCUGUUCCCCUACCAAUGGAAACUCCUCUGCCCCUUCCCUCCCAGACAGUAACGCCUUGUUUGUAACUGCUGCACAGACCUCUGGGCUGCCACCCAGUGUAAGAUAGAAGCUGGCGGCCUCCCGCCCGGUGAAACCUCCAAGGGGGAGAGGCUGCCUUUUCCUUGGCAAACAUCUGAAUGACGCUUGCAAGCUGUCAGAAUUUGCCAUGCAAGGUUUCAAACAAUUUGCAUGUUUUUCAGAUGCUUUCAAAACAUUUUAUAUAUAUAAAAAAGUGUAAAAUAUUUUAAUAGCCAAAGCCAUGUGAAUUUUUUUAAUGCCUUAACUGUGCCCCCACCCCCAUGUGUUCUGCUUGGUUUCUUUUCACAGUAUUUUCCCCCACGCUGUUUGUCCAGUCUGGUUUUUCAGUCAUCUUACUGAUAGGUAUAUGUCUAUGCACACCCCCACCCCAUUUGCUUUCUUAUUCACAGCAUUAAUAUAUUCCACAAAUCUGUCUGUGGUGAUAAUUGGUAAAAAGGCUACUUUGGAACAUUAAGGAAAUUUUGUAUGCAUCCCAAAAGUUGUUUCCUCAGAAUUACAAUUUUAAUUAGUAAAUUCCAGACUUUAUUAUUA